GUUGUUAGGACACUCCGCCAUAUGUAAACCGGUAAUGGUAAGGCGGACUAGCGCAGUUGCAAGUUUCAUUUUGUGUCGGUAAAGUGUCAAGAAAAAACAGGCAAAAUGUCGGAUAUGGGAUCUGAAGAGAUGGAGGAGGAGCAGGGGCCUUAUUUAGGCGAGUAUGAAGGAGGGCGUAAUGAACGCGAGGAACGUCAUGGACACGGCAAGGCCACACUGCCAAACGGAGACACAUAUGAAGGGAACUACGAAAAUGGAAAGCGCCACGGACAGGGAGUGUACAGAUUUAAGAAUGGUGCCCGAUACAUUGGAGAAUAUGUAAAAAACAAGAAACACGGCCAGGGCACAUUCAUAUACCCUGAUGGCUCAAAAUAUGAAGGCAGCUGGGUGGAGGAUCAAAGAUGUGGAUUUGGCAAAUACUUCUACGUGAACGGCGACACUUAUGAGGGUGAAUGGCAGAAACAUGUGCGUCACGGACAGGGGAGCUACACCUAUGCUGCCACUGGUACUUACGUCGGCACAUGGAUGGACGGGAAGAGGGAUUGUCAUGGGGAGCUUGUCCAUGCUAACCACAAAUAUGUGGGCACAUUCAAGGAAGACCGAGUGAGUUGCCAGGAGCAGUGUCAAUGGAGGGUAAGGGGAAAAUACGUCUUUGAUAUCGGCUGCGAGCAGCACGGAGAAUACAUCCCCAUCGAACAGGAACGUGAAGACAAGGGUGAUGAAGAGGAGACUCAGGCUAACAUCAUCUCCAAAUGGAAGGCAGGUCAGGUCACCGCCAUCCAUCUCCGCACGGAGGAAGAUGAGGAGGAAGAGGAGACAACUCAGACUGGGGAGGUCAGCGCUGAGGGAGAGCAGGCUGCAGGGGAGACGCAAGGUGAGGGUGAGCAGGUUGAGGCAACAGUUGAGCAGACAGGCGAGACUCCAAGGGAGGCAACUCCAGGGGGGGAACAAACUGCAGACCAGGAAAAAACUGAGGAACCAACAACAGGUGGGGAACAGAGUGAGACACAGGAAGAGGGAACAGCUGAGGAGACAGAAGGGGAACAGCAGGCAGAGGGGGAACAGGCUGAGACUACUGAAGAUGCUGAAGCAGCUGACUGAACUCCUUGAGGAGUGUCAUGAACAAUUUUUCAACCUGGGGAACUGGCAUAAGAGAAUGUCAGCUGAAACUGCCACAGGAAUAAUUUCAUUAUGUAAUUUUAUAAAUUUAUCAACAAAAUUAUUAUUGCCAGGUAUUAAAAGUUGAAA